AUCUAUCUACUUCUUCUUCGUAAAAAUGGAGAAACAAUCACUCUUGGAUUUCUUGUUGGUUCCUGGAGGACUCUUAGCAUUAGUAGCUUAUCACAUCUGGCUCCUCCGCCAGGUUAUCAACCAUCCCACCACCACCGUCAUCGGCAUCAAUUCCAUCAACCGCCGUUUAUGGGUUCACGCCAUGAUGGAUCAUGACCACGACUUGUCCAGAAACAACAACAACGGCGUAUUAGCUGUACAGACAUUAAGAAACAACAUCAUGGCAUCCACCCUCUUAGCCUCAACAGCCAUCAUGCUAAGCUCAGUCAUUGCCGUCCUUAUGACACACAGCACCGGCGGUUACCGUCCAUCAUCCACUCUCUUCUUCGGUGACACCGGAGAUCGCAUGCUCACCAUCAAGUUCUUCUUCAUCUUGGUCUGCUUUAUUGUCACCUUCUUGCUCAACGUACAAUCCAUAAGGUAUUACAAUCACGUCGGAAUACUCAUCAACGUCCCCUGCAAAAACAUUAACCUCAAUCACUGGACAAAGGCAGAGUACGUCGGAAGGACCCUUAACAGGGGGAGCUAUUUCUGGUCCUUGGGGUUGCGUUCUUUUUACUUCACCCUCCCUUUGUUCCUCUGGGUAUUUGGCCCUAUUCCCAUGUUCAUCAGCAGCCUAUCUCUCCUUUCUUUGCUCUACUUUCUGGAUGUCACAACACCUCCAGAGAUUCAAUCUUCUGCUGCUGCUGCAUGA